AUGCUCCUUCGGACCCCUCACAUUCCAACAGCCAAAAAAGGGAUUGCUUCAGGAAACCAACAAAUUUAUUCGCCCGGGGGCCUUGGUUGGAACGCGGUGCUCGGGCGCUCGAUAACCCCCGGGGGAGGAGUCCCUCGAGAGGCUUUUCGCGAUAUUGGACGCACUCCGGGAGGGCGGACGACAGUCGGAGGCGUCCGCGAAGCUGAUCGCAAAAUUGUAGAAUUCCGACGAAUAGGCCACGACAAGUGA